CUUAAAUUACCAGUUGACCAACGCUCUACACUUUGAGCAGAACUAAUAUUAACCUUGAAGCUCUCUCUCUCUCUCGCCGACUACUUCGGAUAAACUUUUAUUUGACUUUCGAAUUAUAUUUCACAUUGUUGACAAAAUGAAGACUCCUCAAAGCCUUGUAAACAUGUUGACCCCUAACUCCUUCCUCCCCCCCGCCUCGGGACCCUACGAGGUUGGGUAUGUGGAUAUCAUGACUGAAGGUAAACCUGAGAACUCUUCCUUUCUCCGGCUCUACUAUCCAACCCAGCAGAACCAUAAGUUCCUACCGGAGAGAUGUCCUAUCUGGACUGAACACGACACAAAGCAUGGUUUCAUCAAUUUCCUUCAGGCAAUGAUAAAGCGCUGGCCGUCCUGGGUUAACGACUCCGAGUUCAAUAUGCUUGGAGUUGUAAGAAGCAUUGAUUCUCUAGUCUCCUGGGCGUUUAGCCCUGCUUUUAGUCUAGGCUGGGGAGUCCUGGCCAAGAACCCCCGGAUCCCAGUUAUUCAUCAGGCCCAAGCCUCCUCCCCUCAGUCGGGGAAGUGGCCGGUUGUUGUGUUCUCUCACGGUAUGGGUUGCAAUAGGUACGCGUACUCCAAGAUAUGUUAUGAUCUGUGUAGCGAGGGUGUUAUAGUUGCCUCGGUAGAGCACAGAGACGGGUCAGCCUGUCAUUCAAGAUACAGGCUUGAUGGAGAAACUAAAGAGAUUCCACAUCUUCUCUUGAAACCAAGCGAAGACGAGUAUACUAUUAGAAAUAAACAGGUGAAACAGAGAGCUACUGAGGUUUCAAGAGCACUAGAUAUUCUGGUUAAACUCAACGAGGGAUUAUCUCCCGACAAUAUAAUUGAACAAGAAGCUGGAUACAGCUUCGAACAUUUCAAAGGACAACUAGCGGUGGAGGAGCCGUAUGUCAUGGGACAUUCCUUCGGCGGAGCAACAACUAUUCUAGCUGCCGGGCAGGAUUCUAGGUUCAAAGGAGCAGUAGCUAUCGAUCCUUGGAUGUUUCCUGUUGGAGAACAGGAGUUCAUUGUUCGGAUUCCUGUUCUCAUGUUGAACACUGAACAUUUCCUGCAUAAGAGUAAUGUGGAGAAGGUUCGUGAGGUGUGUACUGAUCUCAACGCUAGAGUCCUGGACGGAGCAGUUCACCUGGUUCACACGGAUGCCCCGCUUCUCUUUGAGAACGAUCUACUGAAAAGCGGAUUGGGAAUGAAGUGUAGCCGGAAUACUGAAGAGGUUUUGGCUGAGAAUCAUUCGAUCAUCUGGGAUUGGAUCUCAAGAUCUCUGCAAGGAAUGCAUAUUGAAAAACGUUCCGAUUGGGGUUUAAUUUGAACCAUUUCCUCCUAACCGCUGCAUAGCUUUCUAUGACUAUUAUUUAUUAUGAAUAUUAUGUUUAAUCGUACCUUUCAUGUUAAUUGUACAUAUUUUGACCGUAUUUGAUUAUAAAUACACUAAAUUCUUAA